AUGAGAUUGACAGCUUAUGAUAACUCCAAGAAUUACAAAGAGAAGGUUAAGUUGUAUCAUGACAAAAAGCUCUUAAAGAGAGAGUUUCAACCUGGCCAACAAGUUUUACUCUUUAAUUCCAGAUUCAAGAUUCUUCAAGGCAAACUGAAAUCAAAGUGGUCUGGACCGUUCAUCAUAAAGGAGGUAAAGCCCCAUGGGGCUAUUGAGUUGGUUAACCCUGCAGCAGAUGAUCCAAACAAAAGUUGGGUGGUAAAUGGACAGAGGCUGAAACAGUACCUAGGCGGUGAGAUUCAGCGUCUCACAACAAUCAUUCACCUCUCAGAUCCAUGA